AUGGAAAAUAGAAUUGGUAUGACAUCUAGUAUUUUGUCUUUUGGUCAAAAUGAACAGCUGCCAUUUAUAAUACGUCAAAAAAGUGUUACAAGUAAAUAUAGUAUAACUAAACAUAUUAGAAUGUGGAGAUCUUUACAUAAAUUUCAAAAAUUUUUUUUUAUUUUAAUGAUUUUUGGUAUAAUAUAUUUUAUUGGAAGUUUAUUUUUACAAAAAGAAAAUAUAUCAAAUAAUAUAAUUGAAAAGAAAGAUGACAAUGAUAGUGCGGGUAUUGACUUUGAAGAUGAUAAUAAUAAUAUUGUCAUUAAUAGUAAGAUGGCAGAUGAAUUAAAUAAACGUAUUGUAUUUGAAGAGCCUACUAACGAAAAACAGAAAGCUGUACGAGAAGGUUUUAAACAUGCAUGGAAAAAUUAUAAAAAAUAUGCUUGGGGAGCGGAUCAUUUACGGCCAAUUUCAAGAAAAUCAUCAGACUGGAUGUCUUUAGGAUUAACAAUAGUAGAUUCAUUAGAUACAUUAUUAAUAAUGAAUUUAGUGGAAGAGUAUAAUGAAGGAAGAGAAUGGGUUAAAGGAAAUCUAACUUUUGAAAAUGAUAAAUUUGUUAAUUUUUUUGAAACUUCAAUUCGUGUAUUAGGUGGUUUAUUAAGUACAUAUCAUUUAACUGGUGAUGUAUUAUAUAAAAAAAAAGCAUCUAUUCUUGGUGAAAGACUUUUAGGUGCUAUUGAAAGUUCAAAAAGUGGCAUACCUUAUAGUGAUGUAAAUUUAAAAACAAAAGAAAGUAAAAAUCCAUCAUGGAGUUUAGCUUCUUCAUUAUCAGAAGUUACAUCUGUGCAAUUAGAAUUUCGAGAUUUAGGGAAAGUUACUGGCAAUAAAACAUUUGAAAAUUUAACAUUUAACAUAAAUAAUAUUAUACAUGAAGAUGGUUGUAAAGAAAUGGAAGGUCUUUGUCCAAUGUUUAUUGAUCCAAUUACAGGUAAAUUUAUUAAGGAUAGUUCAAUUACUCUUGGUGCUAGAACGGAUUCAUACUAUGAAUAUCUUUUAAAACAAUGGAUUCAAACUGCUAUGGAAAGUGUUAAAAAGCAUCUUAUAAGAUAUUCGGUGCCAAAUAAAUUUUUGUACAUAGGAGAGAUAACUUCAACAGGAACCUUAGCAUUAGGUUAUAAAAAUGGAUUACCUAAAGAAUAUUUAGAUAUUGGUAUUAAAUUAGGUGAAACAUGUCAUUUAUUUUAUAAAAAUCCAACAGGUCUUGGUCCAGAGAUAGCACAUUUUAAUAAAGAAAAUGAAGAUAAAGAAGAUUUAUAUAUCAAACCAUUGGAUAGUCAUUCACUUUUAAGACCAGAAGCUGUUGAAGGAUGGUUUUAUCUUUAUAGAUUUACUGGUGAUAAAAAAUAUCAAGACUGGGCAUGGGAUAUGUUUAAAGCUAUUGAAAAAUAUGCUAAACUUGAAACAGGAUACUCUUCAAUUGUUAAUGUUAAAAAAAUUCCUGUUUCAUAUAAAGAUAUGAUGGAAUCAUUUUUCCUAUCAGAAACGAUGAAAUAUUUAUACUUAAUUUUAAGUGAUGAUCAAACUGUCUUAUCUUUAGAUAAAUGGGUAUUUAAUACAGAGGGGCAUCCAUUACCAAUAUAUAAAAAUUAG